AUGAUUGAAAUUCCCAAGUGCAAGGUGCCAAUUGUAAGUACAAUUGUUGUUGAAAAGGUGCACCAAGCACCAAACACUUAUCGAAAUGCGAAAGAGGUCCCUUCAAAGGAGAAAGAACCAAUCAAUGAGGCAAGAAAGGUAGAACAUAGAGUGUACAAGCAAUUACCGAGACCACCUCCUCUGUUUCCACAAAGAUUUUCAAAGCAACAACAAGAAGAAGCUCUUAAAAAGAUAUCAGGUUAUGCCAAAUUCAUGAUGGACUUGGUCACGAAGAAGAAGAAUGUUAAUUUUGAGACCAUCAAGGUUACCCACCAAUGUAAUGCAAUCAUCUCACAUACUGAGGUUAAGAAGAUAGAAUGCCUAGGGGCUUUCACUAUUCCUUGUGUUAUUGGGGUUGACAAGAUUCGCAAAAGCUUUGCGUGA